AUGGCCCGCUGUGGGGAGGACAGCGCGGCCCCUGUGGUAAUUCUGGGGUCCUCUGGAGUUUGCAGUAAGGGGCUGCCACGGAAGGGGCUCUGUGAGCGGCGCCGACUGAAGGAGAUUCUGUCGGAGCAGCUCAGCCAAGAUCUGCUCAGACUUCUAAGGGAAGAAAUCCAUACAGAUGUUACUUUCCAUAUAGGUUGUACUUUGUUCAAAGCACACAAAGCAGUCCUUUUAGCAAGAGUUCCUGAUUUCUAUUAUUAUACUGUUGGAAAAACAUCAAACAAUUUAACAAAUUGUGAGCCUGUUCUGGAGAACUUUGAAGCUUCAGAAUUUAGAACAUUUUUACAGACUGUAUAUUCAUCAAACAGAAACAUAAAAAACUAUGAAAAGGAAAUUCUUAUGAAAAAGAUACUGGAGAGUGGAUUAUUGCCAAAGAAACCUGACUUAAAUCUUGGAAAAUGUACUGAUAAUGAUGGAAGAUCAUCUAUAGAAUUCUUAGGUAAAAAAUUACCUGAUUGUUUUCUUUUGAAGAAUGAAAUUUCAGAGAAUAUCAGUGAUAGAGAAGACAGUUUAAUUUCAACUAAUAAUUAUGACUUGGAACCUGCAUCUGAAUUAGGAGAAGACUUAUUGAAACUUUAUGUGAACCACUGUUGCCCAGAUAUUGAUAUUUAUGUUGAUGGAAAAAGUUUUAAAGCUCACAGGGCCAUUUUAAGUGCCAGAUCUAGUUAUUUUGCUGCGAUGCUGAGUGGCUGUUGGGCUGAAAGCUCCCAGGAGUGCAUUACUCUUAAAGGUAUAAACCAGGUAGAAAUGAAUGUUAUGAUGUAUUUCAUAUAUGGAGGAACUUUGGACUUUCCAGACAAAGCUAAUGUUGGUCAGGUACUCAAUAUGGCUGAUAUGUAUGGACUAGAAGGAUUAAAAGAAGUAACAAUCUAUAUUUUGAGAAGAGAUUACUGUAAUUUCUUUCAAAAGCCUAUUCCCAGAAGGUUGGGGUCUAUUCUAGAGUGCCUGGUUAUUGCUCAUUCAGUUGGUGUGGAAAGUCUUUUUGCUGACUGCAUGAAGUAUAUUGUAAAGCAUUUUGCAAGGUGUUGGUCUGAGAGAAGCUUUGCAAACGUACCCCCUGAGAUUCAGAAACAUUGUCUUAAUAUGUUGAUUCAGUCCUUAGUAAGUAUAACCCAAGUAACCUUGUUUGUGUUUGUCAUCACAAAAUUUAUUAAUUCUUGUACAAGUAUUUUCAAUCUUUUAAAUAGAAAUAUAGAACUUUAUUAUGAAAGCAAGAUAAAAGAAUCAGUUCCAUUUAACCCAGAACCAAUUCAGAAAGCCUAUCCUUAA